CAUAUAACCAAUGUCGAAGGGUGAGGCUCCCGAUUAUAAAUGUUGGAAAUUUAGUGUUGCUGAAGUUGUGUGGUGGACAAAAUAGUGAAUGCUUUGAGUUUUAAUUUACCUUUGAUCUGUUGAUAAACGAACAAGUGACAAUGAGUGAAGUUGAAGAAUGCCUGAAGAGGAUUUCCUCCCACAAAGGGGUCAUCGGCCUCAUGGUUGUCAAUAUGGAAGGGAUUCCAAUCAGAACAACGUUGGAUAAUUCCACCACAGUGCAAUAUGCGGGCCUACUUCAUCAACUGACGGCCAAAGCCCGCAGCACGGUCCGUGACAUCGACCCCCAGAAUGACCUGACCUUCCUGCGCAUCCGCAGCAAGAAGAAUGAAGUCAUGGUGGCCCCAGACAAGGAGUACCUUCUGAUUGUGAUCCAGAGUUCCACAGACUGAGCUGCGUUGGUCUUAUCCUCAUUUGUACAGCCGGAUAUUUAUCCCCGUUUGCUUGUACAUAACCAGCUCUCCCCCGUCACCUUUUCAGUACCAUGUGCACACAUUUCACCAAAAAUAUCCUGUGCACAUGUGCGUUGGGUAGAUGUAUUUUUUUUUCUCAGUGUUUCUGAAGGUGUGGUACUGAAAGGGUCACUAAUUGGUCAAGAGACAAUACAGGUGAACCCUUCUCCUAGCUUAGAACUCCCCAAAAUUUGUUUAUUUGAAAUCUGAAUUUUCUUUGCACAUUUUUGUUUUACAUGCUGAUUUUGCAAGUUGACUUUUUUCCAAUUGGUUUUCUUCUUUUUCUUAAGUUAUCAUUACAGUUUUUAUUUAUUUGAGAAGUUAUUAACGAUUUACCAAAUCCAUGGAAGGGCCACACAAAAAAGGGGAAAACAAUGUUUGCAAUUUUGACUUGAAUGUUACGGCACAGAUGGUUCAUCACUUGUUUCGGCUCCCCAUUUAUCCAGUGACAUUAUAUUUCUAGUCCAAAAUCCUGGUGGUUAUACAUCAUGGCUAUCUUGAAACGUGGCUUAAAAUGAAAUUGUGUGUCUACUUCAUAAAUUAAAGGAACCUGUUUUUCAUUUUACAUUGUUUACCAUUGAAAAUUGUUGUUAGAAAAGUAGGCCGGAA